CGCGUUGUACAUCUGCAUCCAAACUUUCUCAGGAGUUUAGUUUAAGAAGCCCCUGAAGGCGUGCAGGACACCAGCGAUGUCGGUUGUCGUCCGGUACGCCGGGACGUGUUCAAUUUCUGAUCACGGCAACGUGCCACUGGUUCAGCAAAUGCAAGAUCGGGUGCAAAAAGCAAGAGUUCUUUGGGGGGCAGGUGAAAUCGAGAGCCAUUUUGACGUCCCGGCAGCUGGGCCGAAGGCAUGUGGUCGCUGCUAACUCCAACUCCAACCCACCUCUUGCUUCCGGGUUGGUGGUCUUGGUCGGGGCCCGAUAUUGUCGGCGAAUGAGAGGUUGACACACAGUCAGCGCCGUGAUGGUCCGAUACGGGCGAACCCCACGGCCCUCACUAGUGUACUGCGACACUAGAGCCUGCAGAGCGAACAGUCGGUUCCAAGUGCGGAGAAUCGGCGACCUGCGCCAAGCCGUAUACGGUGGUGUCCACUGGACCUUAGGGAUUGAGGACUUUCGCGUCAAGGUGGCUCUGUCAAUCGAGCUCGGUCUCGUCGGGAAGCUGGUGGGCUUGGUGGCUCUCUAGAUGGGCCUGGAUGGGGGGUGUUGGAAACGCGAUAACAUGGUCAUCUUGAUGCGCAUGAGGGGCAGCAUAUGACAUGGCAACCCAAUAAAUCUUGACGCAUCUGAUGC